AUGGAAACGUGUACAUUAUUAGAGGGAUUGUUAAUGUCCUUCCUCUUUAUAACUACAACGGGAGCUCAAGUAUUCAAUCCCGGCGAUACCUUUGCAAAUUGUAUCAAACCAAAUCCUACUGCUAUUUGCAAAUCAACGUUGCCAUUUCGGUCAGUUGAUGGAAGCUGUAACAAUCUUGCCAGGCCAACAGAGGGAGCAAGAAACACAGCAUUGGCUCGACUUCUACCUGCUGAUUACGUGGAUGCAGACAAUCUUGACACACCUCGUGGAUUUCCUGGAACAUUACCACGUGUUCCUACAGCGCAUGAAGUUUCGCGAGCAGUGUUUAGCGUUCAAACCGAAAACACACAAAGAUCAACGUUGUCAACAAUGUUUAUGGCAUUUGGACAAUUUCUCGAUCAUGAUUUUGGAUACACAAGUCAUCCUCCUUGCGAUGUAUCUGCAGGAUGCGGGUCUAUAAAAUCCUUUACUUACCCAUGUUUUCCACUCCUAAUCCGAUCGAAUAGAGACAACUGUACAUCCCUAGCAAGAUCAGUUCCUGUGUGUCAACCCACAACUCAACGACGAACCGCGAGAGAACAACUAAACAUCAUAUCUUCUUAUGUCGACUUGUCCCAGGUGUACAGCAACGAUGUAAUUGUUCACAAACAAUUGAGAGCAUUGGAUGGUACUGGGUUGUUAAGAGUCACUUCAUCAAAUUUGCUACCGAUAAGGCUCUUGGCAACAGAUCCGCAAUGUGGAAAUCCAGGCGGAUGUUCAUUGGUUGGUGAUGACAGAGGAGAUGAGAACAUUGUGUUAAACACCUUGCAUACCAUAUUUGUUCGAUAUCACAACCACAUAGCCAAACAAUUAAGAACAUUGACUGGAUCUACGAGUGAAACCUUCCUUUUCGAAACAGCCAGAAAAAUAAAUAUUGCCAUUUAUCAACGUAUUGUUUACAACGAGUUUCUUCCCCCUCUUGUUGAUUUAGAUUUAUACAAAGGUUACAAUUCGUUAGUCGAUGCUAGUAUAACUAACGUAUUUGCAACAGCGGCCUUUAGAUUUGGUCACAGUUUAGUUCCAAACUCCUGGGCACAACUCGACAAAAACUUUAAUCAGGCUUUCAACGAUAUCUCUCUCAGAGCGUCCUUCCAAAACACUCGUUCAAUUCGCCGCCGAGGCAUUGAGCCAACUGCAUUUGGUUUAUUGGCGAAUCGAUCACAAGGAGUUGAUACAAGCUUUGCUUUCGGGAUAGCCCGCAGGCUGCUUGUCCCCCCUGGUGAAAGAAGACUUGAAGAUUUGACAGCUUUAAACAUCCAGCGAGGACGAGAUCAUGGUUUAGGGACAUACGGAGCUUGGAGACGAAGAUGUAGAUUGCCGGCUAUCAGUACCUUCAAAGAUCUGGUCGGAAUAAUGUCUGAUUUAACAAUUAAGAACUUCGAGACAGUGUACAGCAAUCCGAAUGACAUUGACAUAUUCGCGGCGGGUAUUGCAGAAAGAGGCACCAACAAGAAAAUGCUUGGCCCAACCUUCCAAUGUAUCCUGAAAAUCCAAUUUGAGCGGUUUCGAGAUGGUGAUCGAUUUUGGUAUGAAAAUCCUGAUGUUUUUACUCCAGAUCAGGUGAUUGAAGUAAAUAAAAUGACAUUGUCAAAGGUAUUAUGCAACACGUUGAAAGGUAUUGUUUCAAUCCAAGAAAAAUCUUUACUUGCUGUUACUUCUACCACGAUACGAAGAGAAUGUGGUGGUAUUGCGGACAUUGAUUUAAAGAAGUGGCUCAGCAACUAA